UUUUAUUUUAUUUUUUGUCUUUUUAUCGCGGGAAAUGGAAGAAGAAGCGGCAGCAGCAACUCAGAGAGAUCAAUCAACUGAUACGGAAACGGUAAUCAUACAGCCAGACCUCGAUCCACCGUCCUCGUGCUCAGAUGAACCCAAUAGCACUGAACCGAAAUUCAAUUUGAACCAGAGCGAGAUCUUCAAGGCACUAGAAAUCGUCGAGAGAGACGCUCUAGCCAUUGCCUAUAGCUUCACUUCUCUCUUCUCUUCACUUCUUCUGGCUCUCUCUGAGGCUGCUAGUACAUCAGUAGAUCACAUGCAAUGUUUUGGUGAUGCUGCUGGUCGUCUUCAAGAAUCUGUGCUUGAUGCAGCAACGAAUGUUAGGUUUGAUUAAGAAAAAGAAAUAGGUUGCAAAAUUGCGUGAUAUUGAAUUUAUCUUUUUGUAGGAGAAAUAUUAAUAGUCGACAGAGAACAAGAUUAAAAUUUUCUCUGAUGAUGAUUAAGAAAGGGGGCAAGGUUAAAGUGACAAAUUUUCGGAGUGUCUGAUGAUUGUAGAUGCUGUUAGGAGAAUUGGGAGAUUAAAGGGUCUCACAUAGGGUCUAGAAUGGAUGUUCGAGGGAUAGAGAAAUCUCCAUGAAAAAUUUGCUUUAUUUUUGUUUUCAAAGAGAUAUCCUUCAUCAUGUUCUGAACCUGAAUUUCACCAAUAUUAUUCUACUCGACUUUUCCACCACCUUGUCGUUUCCCUCAAUUGCUCCUGGGAUCAUGUCCUUGUGAUCAGAAAAUAUAAUCUAAAGUUUUGCCAGGUUUAUCUAUCUGCACAAGUAUUUCACUAUUCAUGCUUUGAGAAUCAAACAUACAAUUUGCACAAAGUUUUAAUUUGCAUUUGUCACUGCAUUGCUCUGUCACCCUCCUCUGAGUACAAAAGAGAAAAUAAAAACAGUGUUAAAUAGUUUUCCACGUCUUUUGGAGAUAACUGGUAAGAAUGGUGACCCUCUAACUUGGCAAAAGAUAGUUUCCUUUGUUGCCUAACUACUUAAGCAACCCAACUACAUGUCUUAAAAAUCUUUCUGUACAUAUGUUUUUGCCAAUAUUUCACGGUAUGUUGAAUAUGAAGGACAUUUGUUGCCUAACCUAUUUCUGGAUGCAGAUUGAACUAGGUAAUGAAGGACAUUGACGCACUAGCCACUCAACUGUAUCCUUUGUGUUUGUUUUCUUAGAAUACUUGUUUGCUAGGCACAUAGGGUGGUGUUUGACAUUCCAGUCCAACAAUACUUUUGAUUGUUUUUUUAACUUUAAAUUAUUAUUUUUUUGUAUUUUUUUAUUGUUUUAAUUUAUUGAUAUCAAAUUUUUUUAAAAAAUAUUAUAUUGAUAUAGUUUCAAGCAAAUAACACUUUAAAAAUUAAUCUUUACCGCACUUCUAAAAAUCAAUUACCCCAUUCUAUAUUAAGCUGCAUUUGGUGAACCAAUAGGCUCAUGGGUGUUCACGGUUCGGUUUGGUUUGGUUUGGACUAAAAAAACCAACUGAACUGAAUUAGUUUGAUUUUGAAAAAUACAAAUCGGACCGAACCGAAAUCCGAUUCAAUCCGAACUAAUUUGGUUCGGUUUUUUAUAAAACCAGUAAACCUAAUCUUGCCAAAUAUAGGCGCUUUUUAAAUCUAUAAUAUGAUGGUUUAUGCUUUAUAGCUCUUUUUACACUAUCAAGUGUUCAUUUAUGGCUAAUAUAUUUGUGUUUUUUUCUCUCAAAAUCAUAAAAAUAAAAUUACUUGCCUACAUGAAAUAAUGGUGUCAGAAAAAUCAAUAAGAUCUAGAAAGUUGAUAGUUUAUUAUUAUUUAUUUGUUUAUGACUCAUUAGCCCUACUUCCCAGUACGGGCUAAAAAACAAAAAAUUAGGUGUAUAUAGUAAUUUGAUGAUUUUCAUUUCUCAAAAGUUAUAUAUCAAUAUCCACAAGGUCAGCAAUAAACCUUGAUAUCCUUGUGUAGAAUAAGUCGUAGAGCUUUGGGUUAGAGGAUCUACAAUAACAAAAGGUAAAUAUCCUUGACAAUUGUGUUCGGUAAAAAUGCAUAAAAUUUAACUCAAUAAAUACUAUAUAAUUACCUUCAAACAAAAAGAGAGAACAUAAGAGAGAAGCCAGGGAGAUGGAGAGUUGGGUUUGUGUUUGGCUAGAUAGUGUGGGAAAGGAAGAAUGAGAUGGAGAUGAGGCGUAGAGCAGAUGAAAGGGAAAUGAAGAAUGAGAAAAGUAUUCUUUGAGUGAUGUUUUUUUUGUGAGGGGAUUUUGUUAGAGUUAGGUUAAUUUAUACUUUUUUUUUUAUUUUUGAAAAUCAGUUUAAUCAGUUUUUCAUCUUAGAUUAGUUUUUUCAAUUAUUAUUUUUUUAAUUUUUUUAGUUUUCUUGAUUAAUCGGUUUAUUUUAAACAGUAUUCAUCUAACUUUCUCGGUGCCUCUUCCUAUCAUGGAGGCAACAAGAUGCUAGGUGGGUCCUCCUUCUUUGGGACCCACAUGGGCUCUACACAAGGCUUUGCAUUCAGGAUAGCGACUCUUUCGACAGAUCAGAAAUUUCUAAAUUCUAAUAGGGCGCUGUAACACUAUGGUUUCCCUUUGCUUCUCGCCAUGUCAGUAUUCACGAGAACUAUCUGUACAACUUCCUUCGCAUCACACACUGGCUUUACUUGGGGAGUUUUGAAUCUGGUAAGAAGGUAGCUCGUUUAAAGUUAUGGGAAGAUUGUUUUCUUUAAAUCGAUCAUCUGGCUCCCUCACUGAGCACAACUGGUCAUAAGAUCAUUCAUAGGCAUUCUGAUUUCCAUAAGCAUGAACGAUUGUUAAGAUUAGUUCAAUUGGUAACUAUUUUCCCCUAGUAAUUGAAUUGAUAUUUCUUGACAUUCCUAAUUGGCUCUUAAGAAAAGGCAGCCGUUUCUGAAUAAUAGGAGUAUUGUGUCAGUCUCUAAGAACCAUUGCCCUGGUUUUCAGCUAUAAGAGCUUAGAGUGAUGAGGUUGAUGCUUUGUCAUCAUCGUGACAUCAAGUAUUGUUCAUUUCUUUUCAGAGAUGAAUCAGCUUGAGUAGCCUUCACUUUUAGUCAACAUAUUGAAGUCCAAUCCAGACUGCAAAAAGGGAGAAGAAUGCUCAACUGACCGCAUGAUGAGUUGGUUUGCUUGAUCGAUGAGUAGACUCGAGCCAAUUAUCGGAGAGAUGAUGGAGGCGCUCUUAGCUGCGUUAAUUCUAGUUUCUGGGAUUCAGGAUGGCCACUUGGUACAGGCCCAUGUAAGAGAAAAGCAUGAUGCCUUCUUCAGUAGCGCGAAAUUAUCGGUGAGGGGACCGUGCCCAUGAAGGUAGCUGGGAGCAUAACAGGCUUGGUUCUGGCUAGAGUUUGCAAAUGAUUGUGCUAAAAAGUAAUAGCCUUUUUUCGAAACCUUUGUUCCCCUUUUGUCCUAGACAAACGAGGAACACGUUAGUUGUAUUUCUUUUCACUCCAUAAGAGUUUGAAUAUGUUUCAUAUUAACCUCCACCUAGGCCAUCUACCAAGCUGCACAAGGGAAAAGGAAAUGAACGAGCUAUUAUAGCUUAAUUUCGAUAUUAGAUAGAAUUUUUAUUUUUUCCCUUCUCAUAUUACAACACCAGUUAAUUCAGUAGCAUGCCCCAAUUUUAAUAAGAAACUCUACAUUCACUUGUGAGAUGCAA